CCGGUAGGGCGUGGUUACGGGAGCCGGGCGGGCACAUUUCGAACCGUGGCUGGGGCGGCGGCUGCGGCGGCGGUGGAUACGGCGGCGAAAGAUGAACCCGGCGGGCUUGGCGGCGGUGGGGACGCCCCGGCAGCCCUCGAAGCGGAGGGUUCCUGUGUCCCAGCCAGGCAUGGCUGACCCCCACCAGCUUUUUGAUGACACGAGUUCAUCCCAGAGCCGGGGCUAUGGGGCCCAGAGGGUGCCUGGCGGCCUGGGCUACCCUGCAGCCUCCGCCUCGCCCCAGGGGGCCUUCCUGGCUGAUCCUGUGUCCAACAUGGCCAUGGCCUAUGGGAGCAGCCUCGCUGCGCAGGGCAAGGAGCUGGUGGAUAAGAACAUCGACCGCUUCAUCCCUGUCACCAAGCUCAAGUAUUACUUCGCCGUGGACACCAUGUACGUGGGCAAAAAGCUGGGCCUGCUCGUCUUUCCCUACCUACACCAGGACUGGGAGGUGCGGUACCAGCAGGACACGCCCGUGGCCCCCCGCUUUGACGUCAACGCUCCUGACCUCUACAUUCCAGCCAUGGCUUUCAUCACCUACGUCUUGGUGGCUGGCCUGGCGCUGGGGACCCAGGAUAGGUUCUCUCCCGACCUCCUGGGGCUGCAGGCGAGCUCGGCGUUGGCCUGGCUGACAGUGGAGGUGCUGGCCAUCCUGCUCAGCCUCUACCUUAUCACUGUCAACACAGACCUCAGCACUAUCGACCUGGUGGCUUUCCUGGGCUACAAGUAUGUUGGGAUGAUUGGUGGGGUCCUCAUGGGCCUGCUCUUUGGGAAGAUCGGCUACUACCUGGUGCUGGGCUGGUGCUGUGUGUCCAUCUUUGUGUUCAUGAUCCGGACACUGCGGCUGAAGAUCCUGGCGGAGGCGGCGGCCGAGGGCAUCCCGGUGCGUGGGGCGCGGAACCAGCUGCGCAUGUACUUGACCAUGGCCGUGGCGGCGGCACAGCCCCUGCUCAUGUACUGGCUCACCUUCCACCUGGUGCGGUGAGAGCGGCCCCGCGACGCCUCCCGCCGCUGCUGCUUCCGGCGGCCGCCGCCCCCUCACCCCCACCGGCGAUGCCGCCACAGCUCAUCUCCCGGCCACCUGCCGGCCACCGGGGGCGCCCCACAGCCCGAGCCCCUCCCACCCUCCCCGCCCUCGCCGAGGUGCUGAGAUCUCCAGCUGCACAGGCCGCCCCCCAGCAGGGCGGCCACCGUUCCAGAAACAAUAAACCGUGAC